AUGAUAAGCGGCAUAAUUACGUCAUGGACAGUAAGACAUUUUUCCUGCUAUGAUCCAUUCGUGAAAGAACAACUUUUUAUUAUUUCACGAUCCGGAUUGUUUCGUUUACAGGUUAGACCCGUUCAUUUUGAUCCGUUCGUUCGCGUACGACACAUCUCUAAGAGCCACUAUCCAAUCAAAAUGGCUUCAAUUGCAACCAAGUUCCGUCCACUCUUUGAUCGAGUUUUGGUCAAACGUUUGGACGCUGUUAAGCAAAGUAAAGGAGGUAUAAUGUUACCUGAAAGUGCUGCGAAA